AUGCAGGACGACCCUGAGCGAUACUUGGUGAUUGGGGGAAACAGAACGGGAGACAUCCACAGGACUGGUAGUGGGUUUGCUGGUGUGGGAAAUGGGGGAGGCAGGGGAGACAGGGGAGAUGAGCAAGACACAAGCAUGGAGCUGGAGUAUUUGACCAGUAGCACAACAGACAAUGCUGACACCAGAGAACGUCAGAUUGCAGAAGAAGAUGAGGACGGUAACAUCAUCACGCAAAGGAACAACAUCACAGCUAAAACGAUUGACAUUAGGACUCAAUGUGAUGACUUCAGAGAUGAGGUCAACGGUGAGUCCGAGAGCCAAUCAGAGCACAGCGAGUUUCGGGUCUACAUAGAGGUGGGCGUGGCUAAGGUGGAGCUAGCCCCGGAACCACUCAAGGCCCAAUCGUCUUUCCAAGGAUCUCCAGAGGUCCCUUCUACUGUGAGCACUGGUAACCAUGGCACUGACAUUAAAACAGACACUUUGAUGAAUGACAACACCAACUCCAGCACUGACUUUGAUAAUAAUAGCGCUAAAAUGACCACUGACACUUAUGAUCAUUUAGAUGAUAGCGUCAAAGUCAACGAUGAAGAUUCUUUGGACAAAAAGAGUACUGAUUUUCUCCCUGACAGCACUGAAUUCAAAAUGAAGGCUCCCAAGGAUGCUACAUGCACUGCCAGUCCUGACAACACAGACUUUACCGAAGAUGCCUUUAAAUUAAAAACAAACCCACACAAUCACAAUCCUGAUCUGGCCGUGAUGGACUCCACAACAACCCUCUGCAGACGUAACCACGACAACCACACAACCGCCGAAAUCCCAUCCGACGACACUUCCACUUCUAGAUCGGAAACUUCAGUCCCUCUCAACCAAUCGGCCCCUGCGCCCGACAUCACAUGGGACGACACCCCGAACCUCAGGGAGGGGGGCGAAGGCGAUGGUAGACUGCCCUCAAAGAGGAGUGUAGCAGAGGGGGUGUGCUGCUGCUACAGAGCAGUGCACAAGGCCUUCAUAAGGUCUGUCUGAUUUUUACAUUUUAAAUCUGUAUUUGAAUUAUUUAAUGUAAUUCUGUAGGUAUUUUUCUACACUUUAUUUUAUUCAAACAGCAAGAAAUCAAGGAGGGAGACAGGCAAGUGGGAGAAACAGUGGACACAGGGAUUGAACCCCUGUCUCCGGUGGAAAGUAGUACAUGUGACAUAUGCCGUGGAAUGUUUCCACUACACCACGGCUCUGCACUAAACAUGUAUUUGAAAUGUGUAUUGUUUGUUGCAUAAUUCCAGUGUGUGUUUAUGCUUCACAUUUAUGGAAAUCGUCAAUUUUGUAAAAUAAUUUAGCCUUCGAUGCUAUUGAUACCAAAGUUAUGUUGACUUUAUUGAAAUAAACCCUUCUCUCAUAAGGUGCUUGGAGGAGACGCCAGCCAUGCUGCCUGGACUGUUGCUGGCCAUGGGCUUCUGUGUGGCUAUCAUCAUCCUUAUACCAGCCACCGGCAGGGUGAGAGAGGUGGGGGGGGGGGGGGGGAGUCCAGUAGCCAGGGGUAAGAGCUAGGAGGAUGGGGAGGUAAAUUAAGCGUUGAGGUGCUGUAUUGGAUUCUAUAUAUAAUUAUAAUUGAAUUAAUAAAAUAUUUGCCAUUUUCAAUCUUCUCUAUUGUCCCUUCUCUCUCUCCCUCUACAGAGUAUCAGUGUGGUGUAUGUUGCAGUGUUUAACUCGCUCUCCCUCUCCUCCUCUCCAGAACAUCAGUGUCCAUGUAGGGGCCCUGUCCGUGGUCUGUGUGGUGCUGUGUGUGAGCACAGCCCUGCUGGUGGCCCUGCCCUGGCUGGCCGUGGUGAGGCGGUGUGGGGGAGCGCUGUCACUUUGCCUCUGGGGGGCCCUGUAUGUCACAGCCAUAGUCUUCACCUUCACCGGAGGGCCCGUCACCGCAUGGGAACAGGUCAGACAGGAGAAGGGGCCAGGUUGAGGGAAGGGUUGGAAGGGUAGGGGGAGUCGGGUGAGGAGCAGGUCAAAGAUAGGGAUGGGGGGAGGUGGAGAAUGAAUGAGGGGGGAGGAGCAGGUCAGGGCCUGUAUUCACAAAGUGUCUCAGUGUGCGAGUGCUUAUCUCGGAUCAGAUCCUCCCUGUCCAUGUAAUCUUAUUGAUUAUAAUCUAAAAGGGGAAACUGAUCCUAGACCAGCACUCUUAUUCUGAGACGUGGCUAGCUGUGGCGAGGCAAUGUGAAGGAGCUCUGUCUCUCUGGUUCGAGGUCUUGUGUAUUAAAUGUAUCUUUAUAUGAGUUAUAUUUCUGUCCAUGCGGUGUAUUGAACUUUCUUUCACUGUCUCUCUCUCUUUCCCUCCCUUCCUCCCUCUACAGGUAGCGUUCUUCCUCUUCCUGUCUCUGUGUGUGUACACGGUGCUGCCCCUGUCCCUAGCCUGGGCUCUGAUGGUGGGCAUAGGGACCAGUGUGUCACACAUCAUCAUCAUCAGUGUCUACGUUCCCGUCACUAGGCCUGACACACCAGACCUGGCAGUGCAGGUAAAAGUAAUAGUAAAACACACACACACACACACACAUAGACAUAUAUAGACACACACAUAGACAUAGAUAGACACAGACACCCUAUUUACACUAUUGUGCCGACGCAAAUCAAAUAUUUUAUUUUCAUAUUGUCAUUUUGGAUUUGGUUCCGGCAACUAUAAUGGUUGUGUACCCAUGAAGUCCAGUGCAGUAGAGCUUGGUUUGGCUCAGUUUGGUGCCAUAGAAUGAAAGAAAGACCCACACUAAAUGUGCUGCAAAUGGAAAGGUCACAGGCAAACUUUUGCAAAUGAGCUGCAGAGAACUAAAUAAUAAGUUACAGUAAACACACACAUUUGCAUCGUCUGAUAGCAUGCCUAUUCAAAUCCACCAGGACACUGUGUACCAUAGCACAGUCCACAACACACUGUUUUCUAUGUUGUUUGUGUGUCUAAGAUCAGCUUGGUGCAGCAUGGCGAUUCUGUUAUUUUACUGAACAAUGAUAAGUAAACACAGUGUUGUAAGAACCACCGCUGCUAUGCUACUCUAACCUUUCUCCCUUUCUUUCUCCCACCCCUCUAUCUCUCUCUCCUUAUCCUCUCUCCCUGUCGAUCUGCCCCCACUAUCUUUCUCACUCUCUUUCCCUCCAUCUCCUACUCUCUCAUCUACCCACCCAACCCCUCCCCCCUCUAACCCCUCCCCCCUCUUUCCCUCCCUCUCGCCACUCCCAUUGCAAAUAAGAAUUUGUUCUUCAUUGACUUGCCUGGUUAAAUACAUUUUUAUAAAAAAUGUCUCUCUCUCCCCCUCCUCCCCGCUCUCCCUCCCUGACAGCUGGUGGCCAACACUGUGUUGUUUUUGUGUGUGAACUGUGUGGGAGUGUUUCACCUGUGGCAGACUGAGCAUGCCCACAGGAAGUCCAGUAAGAAGAAAGAGAGGUUCAGCGCCGUGCGCUCCCAGAGGGACAUACAAAAACACCAGCAGGUAGCUGAAUCAAUUAAACUUCAGUUUAACUCAACUGAACUCAAUUAAACUCUAUAGUCCUAUUAAUCAAUCCCCUCAGAGCCCAUUAAAAGGCAUCAUCUUCCAAGAGAGGUUUCAGUCCUAGAUGCCCACCUUUAUGACCUGCAUGCAAACAGUCUGCUACUGUAAGUCAAUAGUUUGAUCAUUUAAUCAAUGAACACACAAACCCUCCUCAUGCCCUUCCCCUUGACAACAGGAGCACCUCCUCCUGUCUGUGUUGCCACGAUAUAUCGCCAUGGAGCUGAAGACGGAGAUCAUCAAACGACUGUCUGAGAAUAAAGACAAAGGACAGAACUUCCACAGUCUGUACAUCCGGCAACACAAAGAUGUCAGGUGAGGAAAUGUGUGCUUAUACACACAACACAAUACAUCAUCUGAUGAAUAUAACCUUGUCUGAGACCUGGGCCCGUAUUAAUAAAGUGUCUCAGAGUAAGAAUGCUGAUCUAGGAACAGUUUUACACGGAAAGAGGGGGCCUGAUCCUAGAUCAGCACUCCUACUUUUAGAUGCUUUUUGAAAAUGGGCCCUGAGGGCUUUUGUUAACUUCCAGGUUUUAGCUGAGAGGGCUAAAGCAGACCUAUCCCAGGGUCUAUACCUGGUCACUACCAUCCCUGUUGUGUCCUUCACUCAAUAGUAUUCUGUAUGCUGACAUUGUGGGGUUUACUAAGCUGGCCAGUACCUGUUCUCCUGAGGAGCUGGUGGGAGUCCUCAAUAAGCUCUUCGGCAGGUUCGAUGACAUUGCCAAGGUGAGAGUUUCCCUUAGCCAAUCAGUCAGUCACCUUUCCCCUCACCGUGCCCUGGGCUGGAUGUAUAGGUAUAGAAAUGUUUUGGCUAGCUAGAGAUUCUCUCAAGAUAUUAUCUCAACCACAGGUCAAUGGAUCCCUAUGAUGUAGUGCAAAUUUACUGAGACGACUUGACUAUUACUGUCUUUCUCUGUCUCUGUCUCUGUCUCUGUCUCUGUCUCUGUCUCUGUCUCUCUCUCUCUCUCUCUCUCUCUCUCUCUCUCUCUCUCCUCUCUCUCUCUCUCUCUCUCUCUCUCUCUCUCUCUCUCUCUCUCUCUCUCCUACCCCCUUUUUCCCUAUACCCAUCCACCCCUCUCCCCCUCUCUCUCUCCAGAAGAACGAGUGUUUGCGUAUAAAGAUCCUGGGUGAUUGUUACUACUGUGUGUCCGGUCUGCCAGACCCAAUCCCAACCCACGCCAGGAACUGUGUUCAGAUGGGACUUGACAUGUGCACUGCUAUCAAGUCAGUCUGCCAAUCAUUCAAUCAAUAAUUCAGUCACUUCUCUCCAUCACCACUUAUAUAUAAUUUGCUCUCCUUUAUCUUUAUCUGACUGUCAUUCAAUGUGUCAUUCAACUCCAUGUGUAUCACCUCUGAGAAUCACUUUUGUGAAUUGCUUAUACAUGUUAUCACAUAAAUGUAUAUGAUAUCAUGUAGAUAUUUAAAUGAUUAAUCUCAAUCACAUGUGCUUAUCUACUUUAUCUAUGAAUCACUUUAUCUGCUCUACUCUGAUAUAUCACCUUGUGAUUUAAAUGCUAAAAUAAUUUAACAUAAUCUGUAUAACAUUGGUUUGAGGUCCUGGCUGAUUGUUAUAACCAUGUUAUAUCUCUGUAGUAAACUACGGGAGGCUACUGGUGUGGAGAUCAGUAUGAGAGUGGGUGUGCACUCCGGCAACGUUCUCUGUGGCGUGAUUGGUCUACAGAAGUGGCAGUACGACGUCUGGUCACAUGACGUGACCCUGGCCAACCAUAUGGAGUCUGGGGGCAUGCCAGGGUAAGGAACCAGGAAAUGCAUGUGUUUGUGUUAUAAUCUGUGUUAUAAACUGUUAUAAAUGUGUAAUAAGAUGACAUAAAUGUGUUAUAAAUUAUUGUAAAUAUGUAAUAAAUGUGGUAUACAUGUGUUAUUAUGUUUGUGUGUUGUGAUAUCUUUAUGCAAAUAUACUUUCUGCAAAUGUGUGUUCAGGAGGCAGGGCACAAUUUAACAGAUCAUUCAGAUAGAAAUACCUUAGGUAAAACAGAUAUGAUUGUUUGCCAUGCAGAAUAAGGAAUUGUGCCAGUUCUAUUCAUUACAUUUCUAUUUGCAAUGUUUCCCACCCAAGGCGUGUCCACAUUACAGAGGAGACACUGGGACACUUAGCUGGGGUGUACCAAAUGGAGGACACUGACGGGGGGAGCCGGGAUGCUCUGCUAAAGGGGAGGAAAACCUACCUGGUGAUCGACCCCCAUAAGGAAGAUACCACCUCUAAGAAGAAGGGAGAGGUGUGUGCAAUGUGCAUGUUUUAGAAAGCCUGUCCUUGUAUCUGUGUGUGUAUGUAUGCGUUUAUAUUCUCUUAAAUGCCUGCACGUGUACAAAAAUGUAUGCAUCACUGAUGUGGCUGUGUGGGUAUGCCUGCCUACUUCCCUGAUAAUGAAACACAAGGGGAUAGUGUGUGUGUGUGUGUGUGUGUGUGUGUGUGUGUGUGUGUGUGUGUGUGUGUGUGUGUGUGUGUGUGUGUGUGUGUGUGUGUGUGUGUGUGUGUGUGUGCGUGUGCGUGUGUGUGCGUGCGUGUGCGUGUGCGCACGUGCGCGUGUGCGUGUGCAGUGUGAUUCAAUCAUUAAGACACACAAAUGACUGGAGGGAGCCAGAGAUCAAGAUAGCCUAACCAUAAGAAGAAAUACCUGUUACCAACCCUCUUCCUCCUGCUACUGCAGGCCUUCGCAGAUUCUGCUGUUACGCUCCUAAUAGGCUACACCAGGGGUCGGCAACCUUUUCCAUUUCUACCGAUCUGCGUGCCAGUUAUGAUUUUUAUAUGCACAUUUUCGUGGAUCAGUUUCAUUUAAUUUAUAACAAAGUCUUCAUUUCUCAAAAUCGAAAUUCUAAAAGUAACUUCUAUUUCCAACUAUGUAAAAAAUAGUUUACAUAAAGCCAACAAAUAAAAACAUUGCCGCCUGCAGGUAGAAAAUAUCCUGAUAAAAAGAAAUAUCCUAUAAAUCACAUUGGCUACACAUGGCCUGUCUGCAAGGAACUUGAAACAUUGUAUCAACUACUGACUGGGGUUGAAGCUCAUGCAAGCAAACUUGCAACAUUGUAUCAAAUAUUCUGGGCCCUCAGAGUUUCCCACUCCAGUGAGCUCCAGACAGACAUAGAUGUAGGCUAUUUGCGCAAAGGAGAAGUAAUCAGUUAGGCCUAUUUUAUAACAUUUCCACCAGAUCAGAGCAUUACAUUUCUUCCCCCAUUUCACGCUGAGUGGUUAGCUGGAAAGAUUUUUCAAAUAGGCUAUGUAAAAACAGACUUUGUUUACUUGCUGUUUGAGGUGAUGAAAAAAUUACUUUGAGAAGUUCCACAGUGGUGGUGAGUUAAGACAAUCAGAAAUACUAUCAGAUCCCCAAAUGGGCACAUUUAUAGGCCUACAUUUGUUUCAGGCCAGGUAGCCCAGACCUACUUCAAUGUAUAAUCAGGUGCUUACUCAACAUUGACAGGAUUCAUUGAUAUCAAUAAAUUAUAUACUUAUAUAAAUAUAAUUAAUACAUUGACAACUCCUAAAUGGAAUGAAAUAAACCAAAACUUGUUCCUCACAAGUGUAGCCUAUAGGUUGUGCGGUCCGCAAACAACGUGUCCACUCCAACAAUGAGAACUGUAAAAGACUGUAGUAAUAAUAUAUUGAAUGCAUGAACAGAAAUUACCAUAACCAGACAAGCAUUGUAGAUGACAAAUUAUGAGAAUUAACGGUAAAAGUACUACUGGGGAUACUGGUGUGCCUCCACAAUGGAUUAGUCCACUGAGACAGGCGUGAAUCAGACAGGUGUCUCAUGUGCCAUACAAAUAUAUAUACUGUUCGACCAAUAACAUUUCGGUCGACCAACAGCCUAUCGACCGAAUAAUCGACCAGUCGACUAAAUGGGAUCAGCCCUAGUGUGCAUGCCUGCAUCGCUGAUGUUUGGGUGUGUUCCAGACUAACACCCUGACGGUCAGUGGUCGUAAGCAGCGAGCCUCAGUGAGGAUGUCUCAGUACCUGCAGUCCUGGCAGACCAUCAGUCCAUUCUCUGACCUCAGCAAUCCUGAGGCCACACCCACCCAGCUGCCAAUCACCCCGAGCUGCGCCAGCACGAACCAAUCACAGCCGUCCGCAGUGAGUAAUGUACCUGUUGAACCCGCCUACCUUCUAUGUUCACUCAGACACGUAUGCACACAGACUCAACGCUGAUCCACACUUAUGCCAUUCACACAUGAUCAUGCCGACAUGCUUUCACAAACACACACCCCGUAUCCCAUCCCACCCACUCAUAUUCCUAAGUAAGUAACAUACCAGGGUCAUUAGGCACCACAUGGAAGUAAACUGAAACAGGGAGGGAGAAAAUACCUGGACUUGUCCAACAAGAAACACUCAUUUUAAAGCGUUUACCAUUGUGUGCCAAAAUGAACAUGACCCUGUUAGUCCCUUCUACUACCUUCUCCCAUUACACACACAUGCAUGACAUACUUUCACAAACACAGACACCCUUUCUCCCACUCACUCUUAUGCCUUUCAUGACCAUUUCUCCUUAGCAAUCCUCACAAUGUCCUUACAAAACAAAUCAUUGAACAGUUUUUUUGCUUCUCUUCUGUCAGUCUUUCACCACUGACGGAGUUAAUCUUAUAUAUUCAGAGUGAACUCGAACAGUGUGUGUGUGUGUGUGUGUGCGUGUUUUGUUGACUGUGUGGUUGUGUGUGUGUGUGUUUGUUUGUAGGAUAGACCACCUACUCUUCCCGAUUCCAACAGGUAAACCAGCUUUUCUAUUUUAGUUUGAAUUAUUUUCCCAUCGUUGUAUAAGUGUCAUUUUUAUUAAUUAAUCAAAAUAAUCCUUCCUUAGUACCAGUCAAGUCCUGGACGAUGGCAUAAGAGGGUCGUUAGAUACCAUAGACGCUGCAGGGUAAGUGUUUUUCCAUAGCUGUAAGACCUUUCUGUUGUGUUCUGUUAUUUUCUCUAGUAUCUGUCUCCUGUCUUCUCUUAUUCUAUCUAUCACAGGCGGAGGGAAAAGAAGCUGAACUGCUUCACACUGUUAUUCAAUGACCUAAAGCUGGAGAAACAGGUGGGAGUUUUUAUGCUGCUGUGUUUAAUUUGUUAUGUAAUAGUUAUGUUUUGUGACAUGUCUGUGUGUUAGAUUUGUCUUUUGAAGUGUGGUGUUAGUGUCUGUGUUGUAUGUUGUGAUCGGUCUGGUAUAACGGUACACUCCUAAAAAAUAAGGGUGCUUUGCGGUUCUAUUUAGAACCUUUUUGAGGGCCAUGAAGCAAGCCAUUGAACCCUUUUAGGCUGUAGUUACACAAUGCAACUUUCACGCAAUUUUAGUUGCUGUGGCAAGUGACAUGAUUUCAAGCAACAUUGCUAAUACACGAAGCAACUAAAACGCGCAAUUUUAAUUGCUUGCAACAGCCAAUCAAAUGGAAGCUGCUUUUUUCAUAUCCUACCAUAUGGUUUGAGAAUUCUAAACUCACCCAAUGUUAUCUGCUGCAUUACAUCGGGAUUUCACAAAUGAUUUGUUUAUCCAAUCGUUUGGUUAUUGUAUGAGGAUCAAUUUAGACAAAAUGCUGGCUGUACAAUUUAGCUAGCUGAAAAAAAGUAUAUUGCCAGAACUGUUUCAUCAAUCUAGCUAGCAAUGAGCUAACCAAGCUAGCAACGAACUAAGUUAGCUAGUGCAGUUAAUAAUUAACAAUUUCAGUUGAAAAUGGUCAAGGAGAGGUCUGGGUUCACUUCAAAAAUGUAAUUGAUUGACUGCCAAACCAUGUACAUAAACCUUUACUAGCCCUAAUACCAAUACAGAUCCCAUUUGGCUAAUAUCUCUUCUGUCAGGACCAUGUCUGUUCUCUCAGCCCUGUUUCCUCAGGCCCAUGUUACGUCAGUUAUAACCAGGGGUCGUCAACCCGAAUGAGAGGAAGAGCCAUUUUCCAAAUUCAUGUCGUCACCAGUGAUUCAAUAUUUCAGUGUGUCACGCCCUGGCUCUGGGACUCUGUUAUGUUGAGCCAGGGUGUGUUGUUUCUUUGUGUUUUGUAUUUCUAUGUUGGCCAGGGUGGCUCCCAAUCAGAGACGGCUGUAGCUCGUUAUCUCUGAUUGGGAGCCAUACUUAGGUAGCCGUUUGGCAUUCAUUUGGUGUGGUUUCUUGUUCCGUGUUGGUUUUGUGUAUGUAACCAAGGACGUCACGUUAUCGUUUUGUUGUUUUGUUCGUGUGAUCAUUAUUUAAUAAAUAUGUUCGCAUUCCACGCUGCGCCUUGGUCCUCCUCCUUCAACGAUCGUGACACAGUGGGUCCUAGGCCAUAUGAGUUGACACAAUCAUUAUAAAAAUGUAUUGAGUAGAUGCUGAGAUCGAUUUUUUCUUCUUCAGAAAAUGCAAUGCGGGCUGCUGUAAUAUUUGUCACACCCUGAUCUGUUUCACCAGUCUUUGUGAUUGUCUCCACCCCCCUCCAGGUGUCGCCCAUCUUCCCCAGUGUAUUUAUAUCUGUGUUCUCUGUUCGUCUGUUGCCAGUUCGUUUUGUUUCAUCAAGCCUACCAGCGGUUUUUCCCUUGCGCCUCUUUUUCAAGUUCCUGUUUUCAAGUUUUCCCGAUUUUUUACCAUUCUGCCUGCCCCUGAGCCUGCCUGCCAUUCUGUACCUUUUGGACUCUGAUCUGGAUUACUGUCCUCUGCCUGCCCUUGACCUGUCGUUUGCCUGCCCCCUGUUUUUGUAAUAAACUUGUGUUACUUCGUCACUGUCUGCAUCUGGGUCUUCUCCUGAAAUGUGAUAAUAUUGACAAAAGGUCAAGGUCAUAGUGAUUGAUCAUGGUCAGUAGGUCCCAUACCCUUACAUGAAAUAAUCAGCAUUUUCUACCUUAUAACAAUAAGCAUUUGAGCCAAUUUUGAAUUGGAAUUGGUUCAGUGGAUACUGAGGGAACAUAGGGCUGAGGGAACAUAGGGCUGAGAGAACAUAGGGCUGAGGGAACAUAGGGCGGACCCCCUUCUGUCAAACUUGAUUGCAGUUUCGGCAGCACUGACAGCUGUGUUGUUAACAAGACAACUGGGUCAGAUUUCCAAACCUAUUAUGACUGACUGUUGUAUUAGUUUGAUGUAAUGGUAGUGUAUCUGGUGUUGUGUCUGAUUUAUUAGUGGGGAUUAUGUCUGAGUUGUGUUUGGUAUUAUAGGGUGUGUUGUCUGUGUAAUGAUAUAGGCUAAUGGUGUUGUGUGUUGUAUGUGUGUUGCAGUUUCGUCUCUCAGAGGUCAAAGGUCUACACCAGUCAGUAGGCUGCAUGGCUCUCAUCUUCGUGUCUCUGUUUACUGUCCAAAUGCUCGUCUCCCAGAAGUGAGUAUCCAGUGUGUGUGAGGUACAAAACCUUUCAACGCACAUUAUGCACACACACAUACUACUGUUGUGAUGCAAAUACAAAUGUCACAAUGCAAACUUGCAAAUGUAGCAGAGAACGAAAUAAAAAAGGAGUUUGCGUUUUGCAUUUACUGUGAGCAUCAACCACAAACAACAUCCAGAUAAAAAGAGAGAGUGGGGAAGAGGUGUAGAGGGCCUAAGGAUCAAUGGAGAGAAAUUGAGAAUUCAUUUUAUUGCUCUCGAUCUCUCUCUCGUUCUCUCUCUCAGAAACGUUGCCAUGGCUGUGUCGUAUGGGGUCACCUUCCCUGUUCUAGUGCUUCUUCUCUCCGUGGUCUGCACUCGAUACCUCAAGGUAACACUAAACCUAACCCUAACGACGGCUCAACACUAACCCUAAGAUUCAGCCCCAGCGAGAUUCAGGUUAAGAUUCAGCCCGAGCUGUAUGUUUCUCUUUAACAAUUCCAGUGUUUGAGUGUUCUAACCAGGUAUUUUAUGUGUGGGUGUUUUCAGAUAUGGCGCUCUAAGAUGCCUCUCAGUGUACAGUGGGUGUCGUCGCUGUCGCAAGGAGUGGCUACAAGGGCAGCGGUACGUUUACUGCUGGUAUGCCUCUGUCUACUCAUCACCCUGCUUAUGGCCAUACUGAACUUUGUGAGUCAGCACACACACACACAAAUAUAUAAAUCCACAUACACUGAUACAAACUCUGACACAUACACACACUGUGACCCAUUGUGUUUUUCGCCCCUAAGUUAUUUCUACCUGGAAACAACUGUACCUCCAUCUCCCACAACACAACACAACUACAGAACCUCAACCUGUACACUGUCCCUGUAAGUACCUCCUCAAUCAACCAAUCAAUCAAUCAACCAAUCAAACAAAGUGUAUUUGCAUUAUUGAAAUGGAUACACUUGUCACAGUGCCUAUUAUCGGUCAUUAGUAAUAUCAAAAUCUAUAUAUUUUUCUCUUUCUCUUCUCUCCCUCUCUCCCAUCUGUGUCUGUCUCUAUCUGUCUGUCUGUCCAUAUCCCCCCUCCCCUCUCCCUACAGUAUUACCUGUACUGCUGCCUGCUGGCUAUGCUAGGUGUGGUGGUGUUUGUGAGGACGUGUAUGUCCAUCAAAGUGUUGCUCCUCACCCUGGCUGUAGUAGUCUACCUGGCUCUCUUCCUCCAUGUCUAUGCACCUCGCUCAGACUGUUACAUGGCCCUGCUCUACAACGAUACAAAGUAAGACUAACACACACACACACGUUGCUCUACAACAACACCAAGUUAGACUGGAUAACAGAUAGUAACAUGUACACCUGCACGUACACACACACUUUUAGUAACAGCCCGAUACUCUCUGUGUUAGGUUACAUAAAACCAAAGUGUAUCUCAAUACAUUAGUCAAUGAAGCCUGAGGCGGGGUUAUCUCUUUGGGCCUUUGUAUAGGCUCCUUGAAUAAAUAAAGGUAAAAUGCUACUAUCGUCUGGGAUUCACAAUCUGGACUCAGACAAAAGUUAUGAAACUCUAAUAACCUGGGCUGAGUCAGACAGUAUAUGCAUGUGUGUGUUAGAGUACGUUUAAAAAAAAAAUAACUGUGACAUGACAGAGAGAGAGAACAAGAGAGAGAGGGAUGAUUACAUAGUGUCUCAAAGUGUGUGUGUGUUCCCACAGGCCUGGAGUCCUAAAGGAGCCUAAGAUCAUGGCUGGAGUCUGGCUGUUCAUCUUCUAUUUUACAUGCCUCAUACUGGCACGACAGGUAACGGGACAUGUCUUUGUGUGUUCAUACGUGCGUGCUUGCUUUCGGCGUGUGUGAGUGCUUGUGGCGUCCAUGCCUUCCUGCUUGUAUGUGUGUUCGUGUAUAUUUACUGUAUAUGUGUGUGUUUAACGAUGUGUGUGUUGGUCAGGAUGAGUUGGGUUGUCGCGUGGAGUACCUACUGAAGCAGUGUUUCAGAACUGAGAGGGAUGAGAUGGAGACCAUGGAGAACGUUAACAAACUACUACUGAAGAACGUCCUGCCUCUUCAUGUAGCAUCUAAAUUCAUGGGCAAGGCCAUACGCAACCAGGUAAGUAAACUUCUGUGUGUGUGUCUCAGACCUGGGUUCAAGUACUAUUUGCAAUCAUUUUAAAUACUUUAGCUGUGCUUGAUUGAGCUUGCUUGUUGCAAUAUAACCAAUAGAAAAAACCCACUUACCUGGCACUCCAGGCAGGCUAAAGCAAGUAUUUUAACAAUUUCAAAAAGUAUUUGAACCUAGGUCUGGAGAGUACAGUGGUCAGUGAGGCAAAUGGGCUCUACCACCAGCAACAAUGCUGUAACUGUGUUAGGGUCACAUCAUGCAAAAAACGUGCAAAUGAUCGUGCAAAUACCAAGGCCUUGGGUAGGACGAAGUGAGGCGUCAUGAUUGUGUGUGUGUGUACAUGUAUAUAAUAUGUUUGUGUAUGUAUAUAACGUGUAUGUGUUGGGAUAUGACGUGUGUGCUUGUGAUAUGACGUUAUAACGUGUUUUGUGCAUGUGUAUAUAACGUGCUUGUGUCAGUGUUUUGAUAUAAAAAAAAAAUUAAAAAAUAGUUAAAAUAAAAUUAAGAUAAAUAAAAUAAAAAAUAAAAUAAAAACUUUUGUAAAGUGGUUAACCCACUGGCUAUAGGGUGAAUGCACCAAUUUGUAAGUCGCUCUGGAUAAGAGCGUCUGCUAAAUGACGUAAAUGUAACGUAAAUGUAAAUAUAACGUGUGUCUUGUGUGUGUUGUGUUGCAGGACCUAUACAGCCAGUCAUGUGACUGUGUGUGUGUGAUGUUCGCCUCGGUACCCCAGUUUAAGGAGUUCUACAGCGAGAGCAGCGUGAACCGAGACGGACUGGAGUGUCUACGCUUCCUCAAUGAGAUAAUCUCAGACUUUGACGAGGUACAACAAUGGCACCCUAUUGCCUAUAUAAUGCACUACUUUUGACUAGGGCCCAUAGGGCUCCGGUCAAAAGUAGUGCACUAUAGGGAAUGAGGUGCCAUUUCAGAGCUUGGGCUGGAACUACUCAGAAGGGAAGAAGGGCCAGGAGUUUUUCCUCAACUGGUAAUCUGACCAUGAACUGACCCCCUCUCUAUUCUCUCUUUCUAACAGCUUCUCUCUAAGCCAAAUUUCUGUUCUGUGGAGAAGAUUAAGACUAUUGGCAGCACCUACAUGGCAGCUGCUGGUCUGACCAAUCCUGCUAUAGGGGAAGAGCGAAAGGUUGGUAGUAGCCUAUUGUGUCCAGCUCUGUUCUGCCUCACUGGGUCCUGUUCAAAUACUUAUAAAAAUACUCCCUUACUUACUCCCUUCUCUAAGGUAGUCAGGGAUCUGUACAUGAUUGGAUAAGCAAAAGAAAGGUCACUUAUCAUCCUAUUGCUUUCACCAAUCAAAUCUUGUCACAUCAAUGAAGUGAAAGCUCUUAACUCUUGGAAGUUAGGAAGGAGGAAAUCCAUGUCUGAAGUAUGCAUUCGAACACGGUCUCUAGUCUGCCUGCCUGUACGGAUUCUGACUGAGUGUUCUGAUUGUGUUCUCAUAGUCUGGUUAAACCCAGACUGAAGGCUGCACUCACCAUUGAUUCUAACUGAGUGUUCUCUUAGCCGGAUUAAACCAGAAUGAAUUCUGAGCUCACAAUUGAUUCUGACUGAGUGUUCUCUGUCUCCACCUACAGGACUGUGAUGUGUCCUACAGCCAUGUACGCAGCAUGGUAGAGUUUGCCAUCGCUCUGAAGAACAACUUGGAGUCCAUCAACCAACACUCCUUCAACAGCUUUAAGCUACGCAUCGGUGAGUCUGUCUGUAUGGCCAGAAGGACAAGAAAGAUAUGGACUCUUACUCCAUUAAUCUUUCCUCGAUUACAGGAGGAGGUCAGACAGGAGGGACUUUCUCCUUCAAUAUGGUUAAGCCUUUUUCAACUAAACUCCCUUGAUUUGAUAGCCAUCUCCCCCCUCCCAACUAACUUUUUCAUCACCUCAUCUCCUUUACCUUAUAUAGGGAUAAACCAUGGUCCAGUGAUUGCGGGGGUGAUCGGAGCCCACAAACCACAGUAUGAUAUCUGGGGGAACACUGUGAACGUGGCGAGUAGGAUGGACAGCACCGGAGUACUAGACAAGAUCCAGGUGAGAGAGAGAUGGAGAGGGGAGGGAAAGAGAGACAGAGAAUGGGUGGAGAGAGGGGAGAGACUGAAUGAUCUGGUCUACUGAUAAAACAUUUUGAGAGAGAGAGAGAGAGAGCGCUUGUUAAAUGGUUCUCUGUAUCCCUCUACAGGUGACCGAGGAAACAGCUCAGGUUGUGGAGACCUUUGGCUUCAGUGUGACCAAGAGAGGAGUCAUCACCGUCAAGGGCAAGGGAGAACUGACCACCUACUUCAUCAACACCGACUGACCAAUCAUAUCCUCCCUUCUGACCUCUCCAACCAAUCAUCAUCACUCAUCUGGCCACACAUCAAACACUGACCUAUCACAAUCGUCCUUAUUUAUUCUCAUACAGUAAUGCUGUGAACGGGAACACUGCAUUAGGAGGAAGGAGGUGCUGUCUUUUGGAUGAAUACGUUAAACAGAACGUCAAAAAAUAAAUACUUGGUUGGCAGGCAAUUUGCGAUAAUUUAUUAUUUGUGUUUUGAAUGAAUCUCUCUCUACUCAUGAACUACUGUAUCUAUUUAUGUGUGAUCUUUUGAUGACAGACAACAAACCAAAGCCAUUUAGGAAUAUGCUCUUACUAAUGACAGUGACACAGAGUGGGUUCAAGGCAAGUAAUGACAGUGAAUGUUCCUUAUUAGGAAAUUAUAGGCUAUCUGGAAACACAAGAUUGUGUAGUUUUCAAUGGUUUCCUAAAAGGGAUGUCAUACAUAAUUGGUGCUGCCUAUAAUAAGAAUAAGAAUGGGCUGAUGUUAUUUCAAUGGAUGAGGAAGUAGUUGCCAGUAGGCUGUCACUGCCAAAGGUACUGAUGCAUUCACACUUUUGAAUCCAUCUGCCACCACUUUAGUGCAAUAUAACUUACUGUACAUAACUUUUGAUAAUGGAAUUUCAGAUAAAUGUUUUUUAUUUAGUUUUUAAAGAUAUUCAUAUAUUUUGUCUAUUCUGAACGACUUUAUAAGCACGCCUGAGCAUACAGUAUAUGAAUGCACAUAGAAAUGAACUAAGAUGUGGUAGGUUGUGCAAUCGCUUCUGUAAGCUACCAAAAAGUGCAUAAAACAUUUUGUAAGCUCAUAAAAAUAUGUGUAUUUCUUUGUACUCAUAAUGUUUCAUGAACCUGUGAAGCACUGGACAUGUGAAUGUAGAAAUAUGUUAUAUUUAAAAAUUAUUUAGCUAUAUGCCCGUUUGGUGAAGCAAAAUAAAGGGAAUUCACUGUUAAA